UUCAUAGCUGUGAGAAAAUAGUUUCCAAAAACAAACAAAAAAGAAAAUUAUUUAUAUAAACACAAGUACUAUAUUCCUACGCUGACCUUGUGCUCAGAAGAGAAUAAAUUCUGGAAGAAAAUAUCUGAACAAAAUGAGUUAUUUAUGGCCACUACCGGGACGGGAAGUUGUGCUGUAGCUAAAAAUACAAUCUGUAAAUGCUAAAGUUCAGUGUCCAACUUCUGUUUAAAAUAGCUACUGUGACAGUAUCUAAACUCAUGCUGCAGUUACUAAUACUUGCUAACACAGCACCAAUCUUUCUGUACUCACACACCAUCAGUUUUAGCAGAUGUUAAUUUCUCCAUCAGCAUUUGCCAAUGCAACCAAACUGAGAUUCUCUUGGCAAAACGCCUCAAUAGGUAUUCCGAAAGGAAACGUCCACCGAACAGACGGAGCCUGUGCCUUCAACGAGGCCGCACGAAAUCAAAGCAGCCAACGAAAUGAAAUGCAGCCAUUUGUGAAGCUGAAGCUGCUGACCCCACCCGGGCAGGUCAGUCCUGCCCCGGGCCCCGCAGCCAAUGCCGGAGACAGCACGGCAGCCUCAACGGCGGGGCCGUACCCGCGGGGGCAGCGCCCGGGGCCCGGGCUCGCCCCGCGCGCUCCGUCACGUGACCACGCGCCGCCGGGUCGCCCGGCAACGGCCCCGCAGCCGGGGAAGAUGGCGGCGGCAGCGGCGGGGCGGCGGCGGCGGCGCGGCGGUGCCCCACAACAAUUGAAUGAAAAGGAUGUUCUGAAUGAGUAUUUUCUUCCAAAUGAAGCAGAUCUUCGUCAGGUCAUUGUAUUGCCAAAAGCAGACUGGGAAAGGAUUCAGGCCAGCAUUAGAGAAGCAGCACACAUCGAUGAGAAAAAAGAACAGAAAGAAGUGCACUUGGACUCCAAAGCUGCUGGAAAAGACCCCCCCAGUGCCACUCUGAGCCUGAUACAACAGAAACUUCAAGCCAAAAAAUUACGUGAAGAAAAGGAAGAAGAAGAAAGAAAGUUACUUGAUUUGGAAGAAGCAAAAUUCCAAGCAGCAAAAAGGAAGGAGGUUAUUGACCGUGCAAAAACCUACCUACGUUAUCAGGAGGACAGAAUGAGACAGUUCCAUGGUGCAUUUCUACUUACUAAGGUCCUAAAAGAAAGAGAUGCUCAAGUUGAAUUUCUAAAGUCAAGAUUAGUUGAUAACAAAAAGAGGGAUUAUGAAGAAGAGCAACGUCGAUUUAAAGAAUACAUUCUCAGUGAGCAAGAAAAAGCACGUCAGCAUUAUAUGAAUAAACAGGCACUAUGCAAAGAUCAGCUAGAACAAAUAAAAGAGCGUGAACAUCAGGCAGAUCUGGCCAUACAGGAAAAAAAAAGAGAAGGAGAAGAAAUGCAGAGAUCAGUCCAAUUGUACCAACUAGAAAUGCAGAGAAAAAAAGAAAAGGAACAUGAGAAAAAAAUGCAAUGCCGGAAACUGUAUCAUGAGUAUAUAAAUGACCAGAAAAUAAUCAAAGCAAUAGAGGAACAAAACCAAAUGGAAGAAGAUGAUCGGAUCAAAGCUCAUUUUAAAGCAAAGCAAAUUAUUGCCCAGAUGAGAAAAAAGAAAGAAGCUGAAAUGCGUAGACAAGCACAGGAACAACGGGACAAAACCAUUAGUCUAUUAACUGAACAAAUGGCUGAGGCAUUACGGACAGAAGAUGAUCGACUGCGUAGAGAAACUGCAGAAAAAGAAGCUGAAGAAGAAAAAAAACUGAAAGAGAAAGAAGCAAAACAAAAGGCAGCCAUUGAAUCUAUUGCUGAACACAGAGCCACUGUGAUGAAGUUGAAAGAGGAAAAGGAGAGACAGGAGAAAGAAGAGGCUGAAAAAGAACGUGAUGUAUUAAUGGAAAAAGACCGCAUCUACCUGGAAAUGGAAAGCAUCAAAAAACAUGGACGACAUGAGGCAAACAGAGAAGUACAGAAAAUUCUGCUCCAGCAAAUGGCUGAAAAGCAGGCAAGAAAAGAGCAGGAAAAGCAAGCAGAGUUGGACUACCAUGCUCAGACAGAGGCUAUUGCACUUUCUAAAGAGCAUGAAUUUCAGAAAUAUGCACAGGAAGUAAUUGAAACAGAGUCCAAGACUACGCAUCAUAUUUAUCCUCUUCUCAAAGUAUGCAAAGAGGGACUUAGACAUGGACCAUUUUCCUGAGAAAAGAAGAAAUAAAUACUAGUUUCCCAACAUGUAAUUCUACAUUGGGACCCAGUUACCUUGUAGAUGUAAAUGCUGCUCAAGAAACAAAAACAUGAAAUAAUGUUUAAACUCUCCACUAAGGAAAGGUAGAAGCCAUUUUCAAGUUAAAGACAUAUGCUUUUCAACCUUACAGACAGAGUUAAACUGUAAAUGAUUUAUAUCAAAUAUAUAUACCAUGAAUCUGGACUUCUAUUUGAAAAAAUAGAAGAUUGUCAUAUAACUGGUUAUAUUCUCAAAAAUCACCAGCUGGUAUUUCAUAAAUGUUAGUUUAUUAAACUUGAGACAGGGAUUCAUAUUAUAUAAUUGACUGUCACUGUAACCCAUUCCAGGCAAAACUCCACUAUUUCUGUUAAAAUUUUAAUAAUAAUUAUUCUAAAAAUUCACUGUCGUGGGUUUUCCAGGUCUACGAAAUGAAUUCUCAGAGCAAAAAGUCACCUUUUUCACUAGCCUACUUCCAGUUAAUUAUUCCCCAUAAUAGAAAAGACCAAACUAAAACAACUACAGGGGACGAAAAAAAGAGAACAUAUGUGAAAGUUAGAAUAGUUAGAGUGUGCAGUUUUGGCAGCAUUGUGCAACUAUGUCUGAAAAACAAAUGUCAUGCUAUAAAUCAGUUUUAUUAUAUGAAAAUAUUAAUGCAAUUUGAUCUUAGCUCUUAUAAGGUCACCAAAGAGGCAAAUAGGUCCCAA